UCAAUAUUCUCCAUCCUAGUUGAUAGGUUUGUUUGUUAAUUUUAAAAAUAAUGAUAUCUAGGUGUAAUAUUGUUGGUGUAUUUUUCCUUGUUUUGGUCUCAAUAUUUGUUAAUAUUGAAAGUCGUAGUAUCUCUCAAUUCUUAAUCCAAAAAACAAAAGGAACCAAAUGGGCUGUCCUAGUUGCUGGCUCCAAUGGUUGGACUAAUUAUAGGCAUCAGGCUGAUGUGUGUCAUGCUUACCAAAUACUAAAGGCCGGUGGUCUUAAGGAUGAGAACAUCAUUGUAUUCAUGUACGAUGAUAUUGCAAACAAUACAGAAAACCCUAGACCUGGUGUCAUUAUCAAUAACCCACAUGGCCAUGAUGUUUACAAAGGUGUCCCAAAGGAUUAUGUAGGUGAAGAAGUUAAUGCUAACAACUUUUACAAUGUCCUCCUUGCAAACAAAAGUGGUGUUGUUGGAGGAAGUGGGAAAGUUUUGAAGAGUGGCCCAAAUGACCAUAUCUUCAUAUACUAUGCUGAUCAUGGUGCCGCUGGAUUCAUUACAAUGCCAAGUGGAGAAUUGAUUUACGCAGAUGAUCUAUUUAACGUGUUGAAAAAGAAGCAUGCUUCAGGGAUGUAUGACAGACUGGUGUUUUACCUAGAAGCCUGUGAGUCUGGAAGCAUGUUUGACGGUAUUCUCCAUAAAGGACUUAAUAUCUAUGCCAUUACUGCAUCAAAACCUAAUGAAAACAGUUUUGGCACAUACUGUGGCGAUGGUACUCCUGAUGAUCCCUGCUUUGGUCAGUGUCCCCCUCCCGAGUUUAAGGGUGUUUGCUUGGGAGACUUGUUCAGCGUUGCCUGGAUGGAAGAUAGCGAUGUACAAGAUCGAAAAAUUAACACCUUGCAUGGGCAGUAUAGUCGAGUUGCAAAAAGAACUACUGUCAAUUUAACAUAUGGCUCUCAUGUCACGCAAUACGGGGAUUUAGUGGUGAGUUUUGAUCCUCUUGCCACGUAUAUGGGUGAAACUUCCAAAAAUCACAGUCAUGACUCUGUGGAUGCAAAGUCAUUCUCGACAUUAUCAUCAAGAAAUGUUGAUCAGCGCAGUGCUGAACUUUUCUAUAUGUUCACCAAAAACAAAAAUGCUCCUGAAGGCUCCGAUGAGAAAUAUGACGCUCUGGUGAAACUAAAUGAAGUUUUAAGACAGAGAAGUCAAGUGGACAACAAUGUAAAACAUCUAGGGGAGCUUCUUUUUGGUGUUGAAAAAGGUAAUGAGGUACUACAUACCGUUCGACGUGCUGGACAACCACUUGUUGACAACUGGGAUUGCCUUAAGUCCUAUGUGAAGAUAUUUGAGGCACAUUGUGGAAGAUUAACAGUUUAUGGAAGGAAACAUGUACGUGGUAUCGCCAACAUCUGCAAUGCUGGGAUUACAAGUGAGAAAAUGGCUGCUAUGUCUGCUCAAGCAUGUUCAAGUUAGUAGAGGGUACUCUUGGGAGUAGGCAAAUAGUAUAUUUUGCCAGUUUAUAUUAUUGCUGCAAAAUUUCUUUUAAUUAACUGAUAGUUAUAUUCAGAAAUGCUUCUUAGAAGUGGAAUCUUUGCCCAGUAUCUCUUUACUAAAGCAUUACUUUCUCAAUAUCAA